AUGGUGUUGAAGCCGUUGGAGUUUUCGGAAUGCCUCGCUGAUACCCCGUGGUUUCGUCAGAAUCUUCAUGAACAUGAAGUCGCUCUCGAGGACGCUUACAAGAGUAUCAAAAACAUCGAAACCCAAUGUCGUGAGCUCAUCUCUUGUACAAGAAAACUCUCACUUGCACAGCGUGCGUUUGCAAAGACUCUGACCGAAUUCAAAAUCGAAACUGUAGGCACAACGCAAACAGAUGAUGAGAGGGUUAUUGGAAACUGUCUCAGGGAGUUCGGGAAGCUCAUUAAUCAAGUCGAAGAGGAGCGGACGAAAAUCCUCAAUGAAGCCGAAUCUCAUUAUUUGGAGCCACUGAAGAAGUUCCGAGUAGAGGCUAUUGGUCGAACAUUGCAUGAAGAGAAGCGUAAAUACGAAAAGGAGAGUACGAAAUUCUAUCAAAGUUUAGAGAAGCACCUCCAUUUGAGUACGAUGCGAAAAAAUGAUUUUCGUGAAGCGGACGCCCAGUUAGAUAUUCAACAGCACAGUUUCUGCAAAGCCUCGUUGCAGUAUGUGGCAGAGAUUCAGUCAGUCCAAGAGCGAAUGAAAUUCGAAUUCGUUGAAACGCUCAGCUCCUUCCUCUACUCGUGGUUAACCUUCUACCACGCUAAGGAAAGUUAUAUGGCUACCAUUGCAGAAGCUGAAGAACUAAAAGAGAAAAUGCUCAAAGCACACGCUAAAGCGACUCCCAUUCAAAUCACCAUGCAGGGGCGGUCAGCGGCUGGUGGUGCUGAGCGUUCAUCGACAAUCAAACAAGGGUAUGUGUACAUGCAGGAAAAAAGCAAAUUACCAAAAACAAUAGGAAGAGAUGUAUUGGCUGGAAAAUGGACCAAAUAUUACUGUGUUUAUUCGAAAGAGACAAGGAUUUUUACAAUGAUACCGAUUACGGCCACAUCGAAAACGGUACGAAUACGCAACCUUUAUUAG